AUGGCAAUUGCAGCAGCAGAACUCAAACAAUCCGUGAAUCGCCUUCGACAAGCCUCUCGCGUUAAUUUGCAUGCCCCUUUCAUCGCCAGUGAAACCAAUGUCCACGGCAGACCAUCCCUUGCUGUGAUCUCACAAGGAAAGCUACGGAAAGAAUCAAUCUCUCGCACACCCGAUCUCCGUCGCUGUCUGGGUCAUAAUGGAGUCUUUCGCAGAUGCAUGAAAGCAGCUCAAGAAGCCGCAAGCGAGCCUAUUCUUACAUCCUGUGGCGAGAGUAGCAAGGGGGCCUCUUCAACCAUUACGACAAAGCAUGAAUCUACUACCCGUCAUAUUCGUUCCCAGAUUACUACAGCCCUUGGGGCUAUGACCCACCGCCGAUAUGCCAGGACUUCCACUAAGCCUGAAAAUGAGAUGUCCUCCGUUCGGGUACAUGCAUCACUUCAGAAGAGAAACGUGGUCAGUAGUCUGCAGUGCAGGGUUAGACUACUUUUCGGUCGGAGACCACUACCUGACAGGAAAUCUCUGUGGUCGGAUGCCGCAGAUUGA